AGCGAACGGUACGCGAAGCGCAUGCGCGGACUAAAGAUCAUGCCAGCGAAGCCCAUCAACGGUAUCCGUGGGCCGCGACUGAAACGUGUCUGAAAUUCGCAAAUGAAAUAUACGCCGAAAGAACUGUCCCCACAAAAAUAGUUCUACCCAGCAAGUGACAAGUGAAGAAAACCAAUCCAACAAAUAAAUAAACCCCCAAACCAAAUAAGCAUGAGGGAACGCAGUCAGACAACUCCCAGACGCCGUCGAGCUGGUCCCAAGCAGGCGCUUCCCGGCAGCCACGAGGGAGUUGGUGCCCUGGAGUCGCCCUACUACACCAUCGACAACACGGAGGACAUCUAUGGAACCACCUUGCUGCCCUCGCAGCGCUGCUACGUGGAUCCCUGGGACCUGGAGAACUACGACUAUGUGCGCAAGAAGAUCGAUGAUGGUACCGGCCAGCAGGUGGAUGAAAUCCACUAUGGAAAUUCCCAAACCCCAAGUCCCAGCUAUGGAAUGGGCAUGGGCAUGGGCAUGGCUGCUACCAUGCCACGCCCCCACACACAGACGCGUCGCGUGUCGCGCUCCCAAUGUCAGCUCGAGUGCUGUGUGCCGCAAAGAAGCCGGCGGAGGAGCAGAAGCAGCCGCAAGGAGCCCCUGUAUACAGCCAGGAGUGACAUCUACGGAGUUCCCAGUCGCUACGAUGACUACAUGGCCACAAUGACCAGGCAGCUGCAUCUGGACAACGAUGAGAACGACGACGGAGAGGAGGAGGAGCUGCGGGCAGAGCUCUACGCAGAGCAGCGACAGCUUUACAAUGGCUACGGAGGCUUCUCCAGUACCAGCUCCACCGAGCACCCCUCCUCCAUUGGUGACGAACUGCCCAUUCCCCAACGGCGAGCGGCCACCCUUCAGCGCCGCUCCGCCCCCAGUCAAGUUGCCAACAACAACAAUUAUGGAACUGCACCGCAUCCGAGACGCAAGCGCAGCGGCAAGUCUGCCCCGCCACUGACCGCACCACCGCAGAUCGAAUUCCCCGCCCCGCCCCCGAUUUCGCCAGCCUAUGACUACUGCAAUCCCUAUGCUACACUGCCGUACUGCAGCAUUCCGGAUUGCAGUGAGUGUCAGCAGCACACCAAGUCCCUCAUCUACGCGGCACCCUCCACCCUCUACGGAACUCUGGGAGGUGUCGGAUCAGGGGCACGCACUCAGUGCGAAUCGCCGCACUCCGCUGGAGGCGACUCCUCGCUCUACUCGGGAAUUUACGCACGUAAAUUCGGACUGAGCAAGAAGGGUCUGCUCCAGAUCGACUACUCCUGCAGCUGGAACGACUUAGAUCGGGUCAUGCAGCGCCAGUUUUAAGCGAGGAGGAGCAGUAGCACUCUCCCCCUGGGUGCUUACUGCUUGGUUGCUUGGGUUUGGAACAACAUUAUGUCCUUAAGUCAUCAUCUUAUAUACUCACACACACACAGACACACACACAAUACCAAAUAACUGAACAUAUUUGUCGUAGCAAUUAGUGUUUCAACAUUGAAAUUGAUUGAAUAAACUUAUA